AUGCCUGAAUUUAACAAAGGUGUGAUGCGUCCAAAUCUUAACACCGUGCCUAAUCAGCAGUUGAGCAUACAGCCAGAUGCUAACAUUAACAAAGAGUGUCUUGGAUCCAAAAGAUCUAAUUAUCAUCUCGGAGUACCAGAUGAUGAUGAGGAUGAGGAUGUGGUGUUCCUUAGAGAAACAUUACCGUCAGAGAGUGGUCAUCAUUGUCCAUCAAAGCGACAGAGAGUCGAAGCACAUCCUCCUCCUGAUCAGGAUGAUGAGACACUAGGAUCUGGAAUGGAUGUUGUUGAGCCGAUGGAAACUGAUGAACACACCAAACGCGAGGGCGAGGCUAAUAAUGGUGACACAACAAUGCCUCUGGAAAAGCCUAAGAAGAGAGAUGUCUCACUGGUGGAACGUUUCACAGAAGAAGAAAUAGAAAUGCAUUUAAAGAGUCUCCACGAGGGACGUGUUGAGCUCAAGGAUAUUGAAACAUGUCAACUGUGUGGCGAAAGCCAACUCUUGUUUCCAGCACCACCACUCUACUGCUCGCUUUGCAACUGCCGCAUCCAAGAUGAAUCUCUAUAUUACAUCCCAGAGGAAACAAUAAGCGGUGCGCAACAUCAAAUCUGUAGUCCAUGUUACGAUCAUUGUAGACGCCAAAAGUUCACGUUAUCUGGAGUUGAUAUCGUAAAAGCCAAUAUGCUUAAAUUAAAUAACGCUAACAAUCAAGAAACAGAAGCUUGGGUUGCUUGCGAAUCUUGCGGGAAAUGGCAGCAUCAGAUAUGUGGUCUUUACAAUCCAGAAAAAGACACUGACAAAACCUCGGACUACAUUUGUCCCUACUGCUUGUUAGAGGAGAGUAGGAGUAACAACAACGUGGGAGUUCAUGACAAUACGGAUUUGGAGGCGAAAGAUUUGCCUGAAACCAUCCUAAGCCACUUUAUAGAGAGAAGGCUAACGAGGCGGCUCAAAGAAGAAAGACGCCAAACCGCAGAGGCUACUGGGAUGAGCAUCGAUGAUGUAUCAGUACCAGAUGAUCUUACUCUCAGGGUCGUGUUCUCAGCUGACAAAAGCACACAUAUCAACAAAACAUUUGCGGAUUUUCUUCACAACGAACACUAUCCUAGUGAAUUCCCUUACAGAUCGAAGGUGAUUCUUCUGUUUCAGAAAAUUGAAGGAGUUGAUGUGUGCAUAUUUGCGUUGUUAGUCCAAGAGUUUGGAUCGGAAUGUAGCCAACCAAACAAACGCAGCGUAUACAUCUCUUAUCUCGACUCCGUCAAGUACUUUAGACCCGAGAGAGUAACGUUUUCAGGAGAAGCUCUUCGAACUUUCGUUUAUCAUGAAAUAUUGAUUGGAUAUCUCGAGUAUUGUAAGUUUCGAGGUUUCACAACGGGUUAUAUAUGGGCGUGUCCACCUCAGAAAGGAGAAGACUUCGUUAUGUACUCUCAUCCUAAGACUCAGCAAACCCCCAGCACUAAGAAGCUUCGUGAAUGGUAUGUGUCAAUGCUGGAUAAAGCCAAGGAGCAGAGCGUGGUGACGAAUGUUACAAACUUGUAUGAUCGGUUCUUCGUUCCGACAUGCAAUAUUACAGCUGCACGGUUGCCUUACUUUGAAGGAUCUUUCUGGUCCUCUAGUGCUGAGCUUCUGAUGAGUCAAGAAACCGAGAGUGAAGUCGAGAAUGUUAAAUCACUUUCUAGAAGAGCACUAAAGGGCAACAAAAUUAAGGACUCCAAUGAUGCUAAAAACAUUCUCCUGAUGCGAAAGCUUGGAAUACGGAUAUCAAACCAAAAGGAGGAUCUCAUCGUGGUGGACUUGCAUUAUACAUGCACACGCUGCUCGGAGACCAUAUUGUCUGGUUUGAGAUGGUUUUGCAAGAAGUGCAAGGAUCUUCAAUUGUGUCAAAGAUGUCAUGAUCUAGAAGAAGAGCUUCCUGGGGAACACACACAUACUAUGAAUGGGGAAGAGAAGCACUCGCUUUCACAGGCCAUUAUGAACAUACAGUCUACAACAGAAGAUAAUGAUGUCAUCCUAGGAAACAACACGUUCGAAAGCAGACAAAUGUUCUUAAGCUUCUCUCAGAAGCAUAACUACAGAUUCGACACUCUUCGACGCGCCAAGAACUCUUCUAUGAUGAUACUUCACCAUCUUCACACUUCAAACAAGCUUCACCAGUCUCAGAUAUCCAGUGGUGCUCUCCUUCAAGUAGUGACCUGCACGGCCUGCCAAAAGGAUGUUUCGACAACGAUUUACUACACUUCUUUGUGCUGUCCAUCUUACCGAGCUUGCACUUCAUGCUAUAGCAAUAGUAAAUACCUUCGUCUGCGUCAUCUCUUCCCCGUAGUCCCUUGUAUUCACGGAAUACCGCCUAGAACUGUAGUGACUAUGGAGAUACUGCAAGCUUUGUUACAUGCACAUGCAUGCAGACCUACGGCCGCUGGUUCGUGCUCGUACCCUAAAUGCAGUGUUGCCAAAAUAUUAUUCAAUCAUACUGAAGUGUGCGAAAAGCAGCGAGCUUGUAGAACUUGCACCCAUUUUGCGAUGGUAAUACGUAUUCACGCAUACCAUUGCCAAGAUCCCAAUUGCUCCAUACCACGUUGCAGUUGUGCGAAAGAGCAGUUCGCUAUGAGAGGUUUGAGGUAA